UACAAACGUCUUGAGACAUUCACUUUGAGCAUCUCUCAUGUCAUAUCGGAAAAUUGAAGUUGCAUUUUUCACAGUUGUUGUUAUCGCAGGUGAAGGUGGUAAUAAAAGUGGAUGAAAAUAAGUGCGGGUGUAAUGGAAAAAAUGCAAUAAAAUUGUAUACGCGCGCAUAUAUGGAGAAAAAAACUAACAUACUCAAUACCAGAAACACUCUCCCUCCGAAUGUGAAUGGUCGAUGCCGGGGAACAUUGUCUUUGUGUUUGCAUGAAAUAAAGUGGCUCAACGACGAACCAUUUCAGUUCAAUUGGAUACAAGCGAAAUUCAUUUGGUGGGGUGACAAAUAUCAUUCGGGUGCCACUUUAAAAUUGAAGAAUGAAAAGCAAUUGAAAAAAUCAUUUGGCAAUGUGAUACAAUAUAACAUUCUAACUAAGCUGACACUAUUCAGAAACUAUUUAAGAUCAUCGGAAAGUAUUGAGGUAAAAUUUUCAUCCGGCAUUUCAAAUAUUGAAAUCGGCCAUACCAAUAUUCCGAUACCCGUUGAGUUGAUUAAGUUUUUGGAUCAAAAUACAUCUCAUUCAGUGGAAAAAGUGAAAAAAAUUCGCCGACGGUGUCACAUAUAUAACGCACAACAAAAAAUCAUGGGUGAAAUAUUGAUGGAAUACGGUUUAACACUGUACGAUCGAGUAUUGAGCGAAGGUGAAAUAGACAACAAAAUAGAUGAUAAAAUAUUCUCAAUAAAUGAGAAGCAAUGUGUUGAGAUUGAAAAUAAUAUGAAUCAUUUCAAUUUGGACUUGGAUCCAAGCAGUCAAUCGAUGAAGAAAUCAAUGCAUAAAACAAAAUUCAAAGUCAAGUCACCGCAUAAGAAGAUGAACGCAGAGAAUGUGCUUGAUAAAAUGGCAUCAUCGAAAACAAAACGUUUGUCGAGCAAAAGUCGUAGAAUUUCUUCGCCAUUAAUGAACUAUUUAACUGGCCGACCAUUGGCUGAAGUUGAAGAAAAUGAAGCACGACAAGCAAUGGCAUCAACAUCACCAACUGAAAGUCUCAUUGAUUUGCUCAGCAACGAUCUCAACGGUUUGUAUAUACCGCGAAAUAUGAAUGAUAUCGAAUUGAAAUUGCUGAAAAAAAUCGACUGUUUACGCAUUCAAGUUUAUGAUUUGUGCCUAACAAGAGCCGGAACACGUGAAAUUCUCUCAAAAAAUGCACUGAAUGAAACUAGUUUUUCAUCGGGCACGUUUACGGUCGAUGUUGAUUUGGAUUCGAUUCUAAGCACAAAAUCAUCGUUUGAGAAAAACAAUAUGUUUAUGAGCAAGGUGACACGAAUUUUUUCCAGCUCCAUUGAGUCACUUCCACCAUGUAUCGCCUUCAAUCGAUCGUCAGUGCAUAAAUUGAAUACGUUCUGUAUCAAAAGUCGAAGUUCCUAUGCAAACGGGAUUAUUUCGUUGAUUAUUCGUUAUCGUGAUAUUGAAUCGAGUGAAUCGCGUACGCUGGGAACAGCUCGAAUUCAAUUGGCCGAUGUGAUGCAAGCGACAAAUUUAACAUUCCACCAACAAUGUCCAGUUACAACCACAACCAGUGAAAUAAUAAUUGGACGUUUAUCGGUGAAUGUUGAACUUGGUUGUCGUGGUUUGCAUUUUGGUGCCGAUUUCAUUGAAGCAAUUUCAUCAAAUGCCAUCGAUGCAAACAUUCAUUCAGUAUCCAAUGAAUGUGGUAGUAAUUUUGCGUGUUCGGUCAGAGAGUAUCCUGUAAUGGAGUAUUUUGACUCGCAUGUCAAAAGUCAUGAAUGGUCUGAUCAACGAAUGAUUACCAAUAAAAAUGAAUUUGAUGAUUUCAUGUAUAAAACAUGUGUUUAUGAUGUUCACGAUGAUCAAACCGAUGACAAAUCGAAUAGUCAAUCAACACCAUUGAAAAUUGAAUCAAACGGUGCGCAACAAACAAAUCGUAAAAAUACGGAAAAUAUUACAGACGACGUUUCAAGCAAAGAUCUAACACAUGGAUUGAACAAGAUGGAAGAGAUGAACGAUGACAUUGAAAACGAAUUGAAGGGACUAUUUCAUAUUGGUCAGAUCAAUAAUUGUAGUGUAUCGCAAUUAACAAACGAAAGUUUCGUAGUAUGUCGACCAUUUUGGAGUGAGUCUUCUGUUUUAGUAACGGAGUACUAUCAAAAUAAAACAAAUGAAGAAAAUUAUCCACUGAAUUAUUUUGAGCUAUUUUCUGUGAUAUGUGAUCAAAAUUUGUUUGAAUCAACAAAACAUGGCUUUAUGAGCAUUGAAGUGUGGCACCGAGAUGAUAAUCAUACAAAAACAUUGAUUGGCUCCGCCAAAGUACCAUUGCAUCAAUUUUUCAUUGCAUUCAAUAACAAUAUCAUGCGAAAUCAUGUCACACAACAAGAGCUGCCAGUGAUAUCAAUCGACGGUUGGGUGACGAUAUCCUCUACCAAUUCGCCAAUUGACACACCUGUUGGAACGGUGCAAGCAAUCUUAGCCGUUGGCACCAUAAAACAAAUCAAUCAUUUAAAACGAUCGAAAAAUUUGGAAUCAUGUAAAACAUUCUUGCGAUUGCCACGUGAACAAUAUCCACUUGUAAAUGUGCCACAAUCGGUGUGUGAACGCAAUCAAGAGAGUAACAUAAAGACAUCGAUUCCACAGUUUAACGAUCGUAGUAGUAAUUUUGCAGCAAUGUUUAGCAAUUUCAUUGAUACAUUGGCAUCGAGACUGCCGGACAGAAAUGCAACUGAAACCGCAUCCGCAACAAAUGAUGCAACUACACAAACACACAAUGGCACAAACAAUAACAUUGCUGAAAAUAGUACGGGAAAAUAUAUGCGACCAACGUCUGAACUAUUGGAUGAAUUACAACGAGCAUUGUCAAUUGCACCGACACCAGCUCAAAUGAAUGUCAUUCCAACCAUGCCAGCCAAUGAACAAAAAACAAUCGAACAAACACAGCAAAAUGUACAGCCUGAAUCGAAGAGAGAGACAAUGUUUCGAAUACAUUUCGAAAUUGAAAGUGCUUUACACUUGCCAUCGAUUGCGAUUAAUGUGAAUAAAAAGAGCGGAAAACGUAAUCGAAAUUCAAUGAAUUCAACGAAGAAGAAUUUUACAUCGAUUGAUAUUCAACCAUGUUCAUAUGUUACAUUUGAAGCAUCGGCUUCAGCCACACAAACCACACUGACAUCAUACGCAACAGGUAUUGUGGAGCACAGCUGUAGCCCACAAUGGAAUAAACAUUUCGAGGUUUUUUUACCCAUUGACUUUUUAUUGAAUGAUGAAAAACGAUUUGUGAUUCGUGUUUGGCGAAAAAUUAGCGACAACACACCGAAAACUCGAUUAAUACCGAAUUCAUCGAAUGAUGUAACAAUUGGUUUUGCGUCCGUUGAUUUGUCUGUGUUGAUGGCAGGACUUCCAACGAUUAGCGGAUGGUUUAAUAUCAUCGAUCAUGCCGGAUGUAUAAAUGGUCAAAUAAAAAUUCAUAUCAAACCAAAGGAUGAUUUGUCAAUUCAUCAAAAGCGACCAUCACACUCCGAUAUAAAUCCACCCGCUGUAAACGAAUCGAUGUGUGAACCAAAAAAGAUAGAUCAAACACCUGUGAAUGUAACAUCAAAUGAGAAUCAAGGUGCUGUGGAAGAUUCGGCUCUGAGUCGAGCGUUAAAACGAAAAUUCACCGAGCUUGAAGAGAUCACACAGCGGCUGAAGGCUCGUUUAUUUGAUGUAACUGGUAAUAUGCCAAUUGAAACCGACGAUCAAUUUGAUGGUGAUUUACAAUUCGAAAGUGAUUUGAACACCGUUCCCAAUGAAGAUGAUGACGACUUUGAAGUGUCAAAUAUUGCCAGUGAAAUGAGUUUAGAUUGGCUUGAACAUUGUCAAAAUCAUGCAUCGUCCAAUGCAUCCAGCAGUAAUUUUCAAGAUCAAAUGCAACAUAUUUUCGAUGAAUUUCUAUCACCAUCAAGAUCCGAAGACAAUCAAUCUGGGUCGGUCACACACCAAAAUCAAAUUGGUUCACUGUCAAACAUUGAUUUUUUGGAUAAACAACUAAACGAUUGUUUUAAUGCAGUAUUAAAUGAUGAACAAAUGAACAAGGUUGAAAACGAUAAUGAUUCGGUUCAAAAUAUUGCCGAAACAUUAAAAAAAUCUGCAAUUAAUGACUGACGUGCCGAAAUAAACUAGACGAUACAUUUAAAUUAGUUAAGGUUUUAAUAAAUUUUGACGAUUGUACACAUAGACUCUCAGACUUGGAAACUAAGGUGUGUGGUAAAUUCUCAAUUCGAGGAGGGUCAUUUUAUUUGCAUUUAAUAUUUCGAUAUGACAAUUUAUAAUUAUUAAAACUAAAUUGUUUAAACUAAAUAAUCCAAGUAAAGAAAAAAGUGAUGAAAUGAUUAUUUUGCUUUUUCGUUUUAUCUGUGUUUUAUUCAGGCGAUGCUAAGCCCAUUUCGAGGUUCCACUUGAUCUAUGUAGUGCAAAUUCUUAGAACCUUUAACAGGGUUAUUUGAUUUAAGUAGCUCCUGGGGGAGGGGGCAAUCAAACCCCUCAAUAUCAUGUCUGAGCAUCUACGAUUGUACACGUAAAAUGAGGUUGUUUGAA